CUGUCUGUUCCGCCAUCUUCUCUGUUUGUCCUGCCAUAUUCCAUAUCUGUCCUAUCAUUUUCUCUGUCUGUCUUGUCAUGUUUUCUGUCUGUCCUGUCAUCUUCUCUUUCUGACCUGCCAUAUUCUCUAUCUGUCCUUGCAUCUUCUCUUUCUGUCCUUCCAUCUUCUCUGUAUGUCCUGUCAUCUUCUCUGUCUGUCCUGUCAUCGACUCUUUCUGUCCUGUCAUCUUCUCUUUCUGUCCUGUCAUCUUCUCUGUCUGUACUGUCAUCUUCUCUGUCUGCCCUAUUUAAAAAAUAAAAAUAAAAAACACAGAGAACACCACAAAUAACAAAUGCAUGAGAACCACUGUUCAGUUGGCUUGACCUGUCACCUAAACACACCAGCAAUCUGCAGCGUCUCUGCGUGGUGUCCCUUCGUCCCCUCAAAGCUAAUAUUUAAUGGGAAUCCCUUCUGGGCUGCUAGUUAAACAGUUAUCUGUUACCACAGGACAACAGCGUGUUGUAUUUGUAUUGUUAAGGGGACCAAGCCACUACAGUCUCACUCAUCCACCUCUCACUGUGUUGGCUGCAAUCAUCGCCAAUCUCACGACCUGUUCAACCGUUAGUCUUACAACACGAGGUAAGUACAUUCCAGGUUUGUGAUACUAGUGUCCAGCACUUCAUGUAGUCAUGGUAACUAUGAGCUUGUAUGUUAUAUAGAGAGCUUCAAUUAACCUGGACAUAGGGGCAUGGGCGCCAGCAGGUAGGGGCAAGGGGGGCACUCCCCCCCCCCUGGAUUGAUUGGAUACAAAUUUUUUAGACAAAAAUUAGACCAAAAAUUUAUUAAAGUAAAGAGAAAAUAAAGAGAAAGUAACUAAGCUGAUGUCCUGUCCGUUCGUUCACCAUACAAAUACGCUACAGUAAAUUAAAACUAUAUUAAAACAUUACUAAACAUGUUUCCCAUCCCCAGGAAAGUUAAUCGAUUUUUUUGCCCCCCCCCCCACCAGAAAGUUUUCUGCGGGCGCCCAAGCAUAGGGUUAUAUAUAGAGAGCUUCAAUUGCACUGGACAUUGGGGAUCUAUAGAGCUUCAAUUGAACUGGUCAUUGGGGAUAUAUAGAGAGCUUCAAUUGAACUGGACAUUGGGGAUAUAUANUAAACAUUUUCCCCAUCCCCAGGAAAGUUAAUUGAUUUUUUUCCCCCCCCCCCCCCACCAGAAAGUUUUCUGCGGGCGCCCAAGCAUAGGGUUAUAUAUAGAGAGCUUCAAUUGAACUGGACAUUGGGGAUAUAUAGAGCUUCAAUUGAACUGGUCAUUGGGGAUAUAUAGAGAGCUUCAAUUGAACUGGACAUUGGGGAUAUAUAGAGCUUCAAUUGAACUGGUCAUUGGGGAUAUAUAGAGAGCUUCAAUUGAACUGGACAUUGGGGAUAUAUAGAGAGCUUCAAUUGAACUGGAGAUAAUAUGUUUAGUUGAACUUAGACACACAAUGUCGAUAUGGGAGGAUAAUCUGUUUGGAUUGUGGCUUAAGCUUCAUAUCAUAUCGCAGGGUUCGGCAACCUUUUGGUCAUAUUAUUCGCUAUAGAUAUCGGGCUUAUUCAGAGUGAAAACAACCUAUUGGUUGAAAUUAUAAGACGCCAUCUUGGAUUUGUUAUUUUUAUUUUUUUUAUUUUGGCCGUCCGCAUACAUUUGAAAAUCGCGUUCCGCCAUAUUGGCAUGUCUUUGCCAUCAUAGUGCCAUGUCUUUGCCAUCAUAGUGCCAUGUCUUUGCCAUCAUAGUGCCAUGUCUUUGCCAUCAUAGUGCCAUGUCUUUGCCAUCAUAGUGCCAUGUCUUUGCCAUCAUAGUGCCAUGUCUUUGCCAUCAUAGUGCCAUGUCUUUGCCAUCAUAGUGCCAUGUCUUUGCCAUCAUAGUGCCAUGUCUUUGCCAUCAUAGUGCCAUGUCUUUGCCAUCAUAGUGCCAUGUCUUUGCCAUCAUAGUGCCAUGUCUUUGCCAUCAUAGUGCCAUGUCUUUGCCAUCAUAGUGCCAUGUCUUUGCCAUCAUAGUGCCAUGUCUUUGCCAUCAUAGUGCCAUUUUAUGCCAUCAUAGUGCUAUUUUAUGCCAUCAUAGUACUGUGUCUGUGCAAUCAUAGUGCCAUGUCUAUGCCGCCAUAGUGCUAUUUUAUGCCAUCAUAGUACUGUGUCUGUGCAAUCAUAGUGCCAUGUCUAUGCCAUCAUAGUGCUAUUUUAUGCCAUCAUAGUACUGUGUCUGUGCAAUCAUAGUGCAUUGUCCGCAGCUGCUGAUAUCGCUCCCUAACCAUCUUAGUCAUGAUUACCUUUUCAUUCUCCAUGCACGUGUGCGAUGCUCACCUGCUGUACACCUGUUGCACACCUUCUCACCGUUGUGUCCAUAAAUGACCUUAUGACACAACACUUGGAAUUGUCCUUUUGCAAUUCAUUAUUGUGGACCAUUCAAUUUUCUUCUGAUCAUUGUUAAAGUCUUCUUCUGGGCCCCUAUCUAAACGAGUUCGCCCUUCUGUUACCCUGGCUUAGUUUUGAGGAGACAUUAAGGCGGUCCUUGGUUCAAUAAUCCUCUACAGCAGUAGAGAGUAUUAUUAAAGCAUAAGCAUUUUAAAAAAACAUUGCAUUUUUAACAGUGUGGGUAUGUCAGGUAGUUGAUAAAUAAGUCAAGAUGUACUCCAUGAUACCAUGGUUACAAUUUAAUUUCUAACUUCCAUGCUCUCAUAGAAUCUUCCCAGGUAAAAUUGUCAUGUCUUAUUAUGAUUGGCACGUGGCUGACACACACGUGGGAACGAAGGCUUAAGAAAGAUUAUUCCGUCAUGCCUGGAGUGGCUUCUCUUAUUAUAAGUUCAUGUCUUGACCAGUGGCGCGAAGUAUACGUAAUUUGUAUCAAUGUUUUUAAAGACAUCACAAGGUUCGAAGUACUUUAGCUCCCAGUGCCACUACACACAUUCUACUCCUAAUUGACUGAGUACACUCUACUUUAACUCCCAGUGCCACUGCACACAUUCUACUCGUAAUUGACUGAGUACACUCUACUUUAGCUCCCAGUGUCACUACAUACAAUCUACUCCUAAUUGACUGACUACAAACAACUUUUUAAACACAUUUGCUAAUAUUCACAUUUCUUUCUUUUUGGCUGGCGGAAUGAAGUAGCCUACAUGUACAAUUUAUGAACUUACUGGUUCCUUGAUCCAUACAAAUACCAUUUUAGGCACUGCAACGGCCAAAUAUUUACUUUAUCUGUACAAAAACAUGUUGUCUCCAUCUGUACAGCAAACAGAUUGUCUCCAUCUGUACAACAAAAAUGUCUACAUGUCUUGUCCAUUUCUGCAUGUCUUGUCCAUCUCUACAUAUCUCGUCCAUCUCUACAUGUCUUGUCCAUCUCUACAUGUCUUGUCCAUUUCUGCAUGUCUUGUCCAUCUCUACAUAUCUCGUCCAUCUCUACAUGUCUUGUCCAUCUCUACAUGUCUUGUCCAUUUCUGCAUGUCUUGUCCAUCUCUACAUAUCUCGUCCAUCUCUACAUGUCUUGUCCAUCUCUACAUGUCUUGUUCAUCUUCUUGAUCAUUUCUGCAUGUCUUGUCCAUCUCUACAUGUCCUGUCCAUCUCUACAUGUCCUGUCCAUCUCUACAUGUCCUGUCCAUCUCUACAUGUAUUGUCCAUCUCUGCAUGUCUUGUCCAUCUCUACAUAUCUUGUCCAUCUCUACAUGUCUUGUCCAUCGCUACUUGUCUUGUUCAUCUUCUUGUUCAUCUCUGCAUGUCUUGUCCAUCUCUACAUGUCCUGUCCAUCUCUACAUGUCUUGUCCAUCUCUACAUGUCCUGUCCAUCUCUACAUGUCUUGUUCAUCUUCUUGUCCAUCUCUACAUGUCUUGUUCAUCUUCUUGUUCAUCUCUGCAUGUCUUGUCCAUCUCUACAUGUACUGUCCAUCUCUACAUGUCUUGUCCAUCUCUACAUGUCUUGUCCAUCUCUACAUGUCUUGUCCAUCUCUACAUGUCCUGUCCAUAUCUGCAUGUCUUGUCCAUCUCCACAUGUCUUGUCCAUCUCUACAUGUCUUAUUCAUCUUCUUGUUCAUCUCUGCAUGUCUUGUCCAUCUCUACAUGUCUUGUCCAUCUCUACGUGUCUUGUCCAUCUCUACAUGCGCUGUCCAUCUCUACAUGUAUUGUCCACCUCUGCAUGUCUUGUCCAUUUCUACAUAUCUUGUCCAUCUCUACAUGUCUUGUCCAUCUCUACAUGUCUUGUUCAUCUUCUUGUUCAUCUCUGCAUGUCGUGUCCAUUUCUACAUGUCCUGUCCAUCUCUGAAUGUCUUGUCCAUCUCCGCAUGCCUUGUCCAUCUCUACAUGUCUUGUCCAUCUCUACAUGUCUUGUCCAUCUCUACAUGUCUUGUCCAUCUCUACAUGUCUUGUCCAUUUCUACAUGUCUUGUCCAAUUUAAGCAAAGAUGCUCGGGAACAAGCUGAGACUCAUCUACUUCGACAUCAGAUCUCGUGCUGAAGUCUCGAGACUGCUGUUGGCAGCUGCAGGGCAGGAGUAUGAAGAUGUGAGAAUCUCGCACGAGGAAUGGGCGGACGAGAAACCAAGUAAGUACAUUCAAUGUUGGUUCACGCCUGUAAGGAUCGAGCCUUAGGUCAACUUUAGUUUACAGUGUAAGUGUCUUAUUGACUAGGUGAAUUAUUUGCAGUAGAUGUAUACAUUACAUGUUAAGUUUAUAAUUACAUUACAUAAGUUGAAACUUAUCACCUUAUCAUGUGAUUUAUGUACGUACAUCAUAUCAUAAGUUGAUACUUACAUUACUUGAUGAGUUGAUACAUACAAUACAUGAUAAGUUCAUGCACAAAAUGAUAAAUGAUAUUUUUUUCAGAAACUCCGUUUGGACAAGUUCCGGUUCUAGAAGUUAAUGGCAAGAAAUAUGCUCAAAGUGUUGCCAUAGUAACCUAUCUGGCAAGAGAAUUCGGUGAGAAGAGUUUGUGAUAAAUUGUUAGGAUAACAUUAAGGAUAAGUAGCAGUGGCGCAUCUUGAUCUUGUUUUUGGCUGAGCAGUGGCGCAUCUUGAUCUUGUUUUUGCUGAGCAGUGCAGCACCUUGUUCUUGUUUUUUUGCUGAGCAGUGCAGCACCUUGUUCUUGUUUUUUUGCUGAGCAGUGCAGCACCUUGAUCUUGUUUUUUGCUGAGCAGUGCAGCACCUUGUUCUUGUUUUUUUGCUGAGCAGUGCAGCACCUUGUUCUUGUUUUUUUUGCUGAGCAGUGCAGCACCUUGUUCUUGUUUUUUUGCUGAGCAGUGCAGCACCUUGAUCUUGUUUUUGGCUGAGCAGUGGCGCAUCUUGAUCUUGUUUUUGCUGAGCAGUGCAGCACCUUGUUCUUGUUUUUUUGCUGAGCAGUGCAGCACCUUGUUCUUGUUUUUUUGCUGAGCAGUGCAGCACCUUGAUCUUGUUUUUUUGCUGAGCAGUGCAGCACCUUGUUCUUGUUUUUUUUUUGCUUAGCAGUGCAGCACCUUGUUCUUGUUUUUUUUGCUGAGCAGUGCAGCACCUUGUUCUUGUUUUUUUGCUGAGCAGUGCAGCACCUUGUUCUUGUUUUUGGCUGAGCAAUGGCGCGCCUUGGCUUUGUUUUUAUCUGAGCAGUGUGGAAAUUGCCAUGGCUGCAAAUCGUUAUAUGUGGGGUUGGGUCCAAUUUUGAUUUGAAAUAUUGCAUAUAAACAACCAGAAUUUUUAAAAUUAAAAAUUCUGUCAUCCAGGUUUGUACGGCCAAACUAAUUUAGACGGCCUGGAGAUUGAUCAGAUUGUACAACUGAACCAAGACUUUAGAAAUAAAGCUGUGACAGCGCUGAGAGAGCCAGAUGAGACUAGGAAGGUGAGUAGUAUCAACUGCGUUUUGUGUAAAAAUUUAUUUGGUACUUGAGACUAAAACCAGCUGUCAUAACGCAAUCAACACGACACUGAUGACAGCUGUCAUAACGCAAUCAACACGACACUGAUGACAGCUGUCAUAACGCAAUCAACACGACACUGAUGACAGCUGUCAUAACGCAAUCAACACGACACUGAUCACAGCUGUCAUAACGCACUCUAAAUCAUACUUACGCGAGCCUCUAUCUUUACUUAUCAUUCUUACUCAACAGAAUGGUUCCUAAUUUUCUUAUAGAACACUGGACAACUGGUCAGGCCAGUAUCUAAACCAUCUGUCAUUAUCAGUCCACUGCCUCUCCCUAAAAUGUAUAUUUUCUUACUAUUCACUUCGGACUGGUUCCCACUAGAAUCUUUCCGAACCUAAAUUCACAAGGCCCUAGACUUUUUACCCUUAUGUUUUACAUCCAAUCCUUGUGGUCUGAUCCAAUCAAGCCUUAUGUAUUUCAGCUAAGCCUUGUGUGGUCCUACCAAACCUUGUGUGGCCUAAUCAGGCCCUGUGUGGUCCAACCAAGCCCUGUGUGGUCCAACCAAGCCCUGUGUGGUUCAACCAAGCCCUGUGUGGUUCAACCAAGCCAUGUGUGGUCUAGCCAAGCCUUGUAUGGUCUAGCCAAGCCCUGUAUGGUCUAGUCAAGCCCUGUGUGGUCCAAACAAGACUUAUAUUUAGCUUUAAAAGUCUUAUUUUUUGUUUAAUUGACAUCUUUCCCCAGGCUGAACUGCUCCAAAACGUCAAAGAAGUUGAAGGUCCCAAGUAUUUGGGUUUUUUGGAGAAACUGUUGAAAGAGAGCGGCACUGGCUACUUUGUAGGGGAAUCGGUAGGUAUUAUGACAUCAUGGUAUGUCUUAUCUGAUCUCAGACUCUGUCUUGUUCGUCUCAUCUGAUCUCAGAGUCUGUCUCUUCCAUUCUCUCAUCUGAUCUCAGACUCUGUCUUAUUCAAUUCAAUGCUAUUUGCAUAAAAGCUACAAUUUGACACAAAAGAGCAGAGUUAUUCAAUAUUCAUUUACUAUUUUAAUGUUAAAUAUUGGUAAUGCAAUUUAUUUUCACAGUCCCGGUUUAAAAAAUAUUAUAACAAAUAAAGCAAACAAAGCUGUUUUAUUGUCAUUGUCUACAGAAGAUGACAGUUUUCCAUAGUUAAAUUUACAAACUUACAAGUUUAGGAAACUUAACACUAAAUGCACACAUACAAACAUACACGUUUUCGUAUAUUGAAAUGAUGUAGCAAUGGAAACAAAAUACACCACUAGCAAUGGAAAAAAAAUACACCACUAUAAUUUUUCUAUGCUAGAAAUAAACAGAUAAAUAAUGGCGGUGGCUAUUCUACUAAAAUCACUGGACAAAACAUGCAUUCAAGUAAGCUACUUUAUAAGAAUCCCAACGAGGGUUAUCUUUCGGGAAAUUUUUUUUUUUUUUUUUUUUUUUUUUUUGUAAAUUUUUUUUUUUUUUUUUUUUUUUUUUUUGCACGCUAUUAAACACAGCGCUAUUAAACACAGCGUUACUGUCAUACACACACACACACCUAGAGAAUUAUUUAUUAUUAAAAAUGUGCUUAAACCUCAAUUACCGUCUAGAACUCAAGAUUCCUAGAAAAUUAUCUUGGAGUCAGCAAUUUUUUUUAUUUCCAUACAGCUUUGAGUACAAAAAAAUUGUGCCCACUUCUGCAUAACCCUGCUGUUUAUUAGAUAAAAAAUAUAGAGAUAAUUUUCAAAAUUUUGAACCGUGCCUUUCUGUUGACAGUUGACACUGGCUGACAUAAGCACAUAUGACAACGUCUACGCUUUCUCCGUCCGAGGUCCGCUCUGGAGUUGGCCAGACCCAGACUCCAAAUAUCCUCUGCUACAAGAGAAUUACAACAGAGUGGAGAACGUGGAGAGAAUAAAAGCUUACCUGGCCAACCGGAAGCCAGCAGACUUAUAGAAUGAAGACAGCAUCUCCAGGGCCAUAGAUUCAAAUGUUGACCACCCGGACAGCAGCUCUAUGCAAUUACCUUUUUCUGCAUUCAACUUUGCUCUAUCUGUUAGAUUGGUCCAUAUGAUCAAGAAGGCAGAAUGUAUCACAUCUAGUCUACAAUAAAUUUAAUACGGUGAUUAUAUACAAA